GUUUCGCUGCUGGCAACCAAUAAUGGCAACUCGCGAAUUUGAGAUACGUUGGCAGAGCAUCAAUUGUACGGCUGUCGACCUCAAUGUGACGAACGAAUUUCAAUGCAACAUUAUCGAAAUGGCCAAGAAGCAGGGAAAUUUCCUAAAUACACGCUGGAACCUACGACGUCCAGUGCCAAAAAUGUGGGUGGAACUGAGUGUGGGUAUGCCCAAGGAGCGUGGCGGUGGAAUUCAGCAAUUGUUUAAAGUACGUGUCGAUGGUUGCCAUCUCUGCGAUUAUCGGAGCAAGAAUCGUGUUAUGAAUGCGGUAAUUAAAAAGCUAUUGCAAUCGGGCAAUUAUCCAAAAUCGUGUCCUUUAUUACCGAAUGUUAAUUACACCUCCAUACGAUUUGCACUCAAUCCGGAUCACUUUCCAGCCUACAUGCCGGACAUGAAGUUCAAUACGAAAAUAGAUUUCUAUGCGGAUAAAAAUGUGCCACUGAUUAAGGCCAGCGCCAAUGUGGAGGUGAUUAGGCGUCAGUCAUAAUGGAUAAUGGAUAUAAUGGCUAAUGGAGA